AUGCUCCGAGGCCGAUCCCUGUCUGUGGCAUCCCUGAGUGGGCUUCCUCGGUGGGAAGCUGAUGACCUUCCUGUGAAGGAUUUACUGCUCUUUGAAGUUUCGUGGGAAGUGACCAAUAAAGUUGGAGGCAUCUGUACUGUGAUUCAGACAAAGGCCAAAACAACAGCAGAUGAAUGGGGAGACAAUUAUUUUCUGAUAGGUCCAUAUUUUGAGCAUAAUAUGAAGACUCAGGUGGAGCAAUGUGAACCUGCGAAUGAUGCUGUCAGGAGAGCAGUGGAGUCAAUGAACAAGCACGGCUGCCAGGUGCAUUUUGGAAGAUGGCUGAUAGAAGGAAGUCCUUACGUGGUGCUCUUUGACAUAGGCUAUUCGGCUUGGAAUCUGGACAGGUGGAAGGGUGACCUCUGGGAAGCAUGCAGUGUCGGCAUCCCUUACCAUGACCGAGAAGCCAAUGAUAUGCUGAUAUUUGGAUCUUUAACUGCCUGGUUCUUAAAAGAGGUGACAGAUCAUGCAGAUGGUAAACAUGUCAUUGCCCAAUUCCAUGAAUGGCAGGCUGGAAUUGGUCUGGUCCUUUCUCGAGCCCGAAAACUUCCUAUUGCCACAAUAUUUACAACCCACGCCACACUGCUUGGGAGGUAUCUCUGUGCAGCAAAUAUUGAUUUCUACAACCAUCUCGAUAAGUUUGACAUAGACAAAGAGGCUGGGGAAAGGCAGAUUUACCACCGAUAUUGCAUGGAGCGAGCGUCUGUUCAUUGUGCUCACGUGUUCACCACAGUUUCUGAAAUAACAGCAAUGGAAGCAGAACAUAUGCUGAAGAGAAAGCCUGAUGUAGUUACUCCAAAUGGCUUGAAUGUUAAGAAAUUUUCAGCAGUGCAUGAGUUUCAAAAUCUACAUGCCAUGUACAAAGCCAGGAUCCAAGAUUUUGUUCGAGGCCAUUUCUAUGGUCAUCUCGACUUUGAUCUUGAAAAGACUUUGUUCCUUUUCAUUGCUGGGAGGUAUGAGUUUUCAAACAAAGGAGCUGACAUCUUCCUAGAAUCCUUAUCCAGGUUAAAUUUCCUGCUGAGGAUGCAUAAGAAUGACAUCACUGUGGUGGUGUUUUUCAUCAUGCCUGCAAAGACAAAUAAUUUCAACGUGGAAACCCUGAAAGGACAGGCAGUGCGUAAACAGCUAUGGGACAUCGCACAUUCUGUAAAGGAAAAGUUUGGAAAGAAACUCUAUGACGCAUUAUUACGAGGAGAAAUUCCUGACAUGAACAAUAUUUUGGAUAGAGAUGAUCUAACAAUUAUGAAAAGAGCCAUCUUUUCAACUCAGGUAAUAAGAAAAAGUGUGGUUUUGCACCCAGAGUUUUUAUCCUCCACCAGCCCCUUAUUACCCAUGGAUUAUGAAGAGUUUGUUCGUGGUUGUCAUCUUGGAGUAUUUCCAUCAUACUAUGAACCAUGGGGUUAUACUCCAGCUGAGUGCACUGUGAUGGGCAUCCCCAGUGUGACAACAAACCUGUCUGGCUUUGGCUGUUUCAUGCAGGAGCACGUGGCUGAUCCUACUGCUUACGGAAUUUACAUUGUUGACAGGCGGUUCCGCUCUCCAGAUGACUCCUGCAAUCAAUUGACUCAGUUUCUCUAUGGAUUUUGCAAACAGUCACGUCGCCAAAGAAUUAUCCAGAGAAACCGAACUGAGAGGCUCUCAGAUCUUCUGGAUUGGAGAUACUUAGGCAGAUAUUACCAGCAUGCCAGGCACUUGACGUUAAGCAGAACUUUUCCAGAUAAAUUCCACAUGGAACCUAUAUCACCACCGACGACAGAAGGAUUUAAAUAUCCCAGGCCUUCCUCAGUACCGCCUUCUCCUUCAGGGUCUCAGGCCUCCAGUCCUCAGAGCAGUGAUGUGGAAGAUGAAAAUGAGGAUGAGAGAUACGAUGAGGAACAGGAGGCUGAAAGGGACCGCUUAAACAUCAAGUCACCUUUUUCUCUGAGUCACGUUCCUCAUGGGAAGAAAAAGCUGCAUGGCGAAUACAAGAACUGA